AUGGUAUACGAUGGUAGACCCAGCAAAGGUUGCGGAAAUUGCCGCGCGCGCAAAGUCCGGUGCGACCAGACCCGGCCGGCUUGUCGGGAAUGCAUUCGACUCAACCGAGAAUGUCCCGGCUACCGCGACGAGUUAACGGUGAUGUUCCGCGACGAGAGCGAGUCUGUCAAGCGGAAGGCGCGUUCUUCUAAGUCUUCGUCGACUUCUGCCUCGAGUGCCUCGAAACGGCAGACCCGACCGGGUCGCGCCGCGUUCCAGAUAAUGGCAUCAUCCUCCACCGGGGGAUCCUCUAUCUCGUUCGAAGACGCAGUAUUCGACUCUGGUUCAGAUUCUGGACCCCGGUUUCUGACCAGUCAGCUCAGACAAAGCCCACUUGGCACACGUCCUAGCUCGGGACUGUCGAAGGAGGAGGCCAUCUGCUUUUUUCUGAAGUCGCAUACUUUCCCUGGUACCUCGCUUAUGACGGACGCUCUGACCAAAUUCCUUAUGCAUUCUGGAGGAUCAUUGAGCCAGCGGGCCAUACACGCCAGUAUUUUGGCUGUUGCUACUGCCAUGAUCUCUCGUGUUCACAAUGUUAGGUCCCUGAGGCAGUCAGCGCGUCACGAGUAUGGAACUGCGAUUCUGCGUGUCAACGAAGCACUCGCCGAUGCUGACGAGGCCAAGACAAACCAAACGCUUGGCGCAGUAAUCUUCCUCUCUUUAUAUGAACUCGUUGUAUCCAGAGCCCCGCAGUGCACAGAGCGCUGGACAAACCAUAUCUCCGGGGCUGCAGCUCUACUGGAGUACCGGGGUUUUGGACAAUUACGAAAUGAAGCAGGCGUUCGGCUAUUUUUGCAUUUGAGAUAUCAGAUUAUCAUGAGUUGCCUGCAACGUGACGUCCGCGUCCCUGGCACGUUGCUAGAAACCACAAAACUUGAUCUGUUUCCCCAAGCUCAGGAGGCGCUCGGUAAUAAAUUGAUUUUGAUCAUCGGCAGGCUGUCGAACCUGCGGGCAGAUAUACUCGCAAAAGCGAUCGACAACUCCGAGGAGAUUCUCAGAGAAGCCUGUUCCAUCGAAGCAGAUCUUGUCGCCUGGCUGGUCGCUCUACCACCGGAGUUCACAUACAGCAGCCAUACCUUGAUGCCAAUGGACCGUGUCUUCGAGCGUCGCUGCCGCGGAGUCCGACCCCUAAACAAUGAAUACCACCUCUACCCAGACAUCUGGGCGCCCAGCUGCUGGAACCACUACCGCUGCGCACGCAUCUUAGCCAGCGAGCUCAUUCUCUCCCACGCCCACAAGCUAUCCAACAGCUCCUCAGACCUCUUGUCCGAAGACUUCCGCAUUCACUGCAAGUCUCUGCGCUCCACCAUCCGCCGUCUAGGCGUCGAUAUCUGCCGCAGUGUCCCAUUCCACCUAGGUGUUUUUAGCUCCGACGCUGUACCCGACGCGCCUAUGCUUCCUCCCGAGAGCUAUCUGGGUGGCCUGAUGCUGCUCUGGCCCUUGUUUGUUGCCGGUAUGGUUGAGGGCCCGACGCAUCCGCAGCGUCGAUGGGUCAUACAGUGUCUUCAGACAAUAGGCCACUCGUGCGGACUGGACCAGGCGCUGGCCGUUAUGGACCUUCUCCGAGUGGACCCGGGAAUUUUUUGUUCGGUUGAAAUAACCUUGGGUUGCUCAGUAUCAAAUCCGAAAAUUACUCUUUCCAUUUAA